AUGGAGAACAAAGAGGCAAAAAUCCCUCUGUCCACCCCACCCCAGGAGGGGCAGCUUCAGCCCACACUGGUGCUGGCAACACUCAGCGCAGCCUUUGGCUCGGCCUUCCAGUAUGGCUACAACAUCACUGUGGUCAACACGCCACACAAGGUCUUGAAAUCAUUUUAUAACGAAACCUAUUUUGAGCGACACGGAACAUUCAUGGAUGAGAAAGUCAUGCUGCUUCUGUGGUCUUGCACUGUAUCCAUGUUUCCUCUGGGUGGCUUGUUGGGGUCAUUGCUUGUUGGCCUGCUGAUUGAUAAGUGUGGCAGAAAGGGAACUCUGCUGAUCAAUAACGUCUUCACCAUCGUCCCCUCCAUCCUGAUGGGAAUCAGCAAAGCAGCCAAGGCUUUUGAGCUGAUCAUCUUUUCUUGAGUGAUGCUGGGAGUCUGUGCGGGCAUCUCCUACAGUGCUCUUCCCAUGUACCUGGGAGAACUGGCUCCCAAGAACCUAAGGGGCACAUUAGCACCAAUGACUGAGGUUUUCGUCAUCUUUGGAGUCUUUCUAGCACAGAUCUUCAGCCUCCAGGCCAUCCUGGGCCACCCUACAGGUAACCAUGCCUGGUGUGGGUUCCUUCUCUUGGCACUCAAGGGGGCCCCGGCGCUGCUGCAGCUCCUGUCGCUGCUCUUCCCCGAGAGUCCCCGCUACACCCGGAUUCAGAAAGGGGACGAAGCCACUCCUGGGGCACCUCUGUGGCAGCUGCGUGGCCGCGGGGACCUGGAGGCCGAGGUGGAGGACGUGCAGGCGGAGGAGGUGCCCAACCUGUUCACGUGCCAGCCCCUGUGCUGGCAGCUCGUCUCCAUCGUUGUGCUCAUGUCGGGGCAGCCGCUGUCUGGGAUCAACGCGAUCAACUACUACGCAGACACCAUCUACACGUCCGCUGGCGUGGAGGCCACUGGCUCCCAGUAUGUAACGGUGGGAGCUGGCGUGGUCAACAUAGUGAUGACCGUCAUCUCGGUGAGUGAGCUGGAAGCAUCCUUUUUGCUGGAGGGAUCUGUGGUCCCAGGCCAGGCGCCUCAGCCCAGACAGCUCUGCCUCUCCCCACAGAACACGGUCCCUGAGCUGUCUUACCUUGGUGUCAUCUGUGUCUUCGCCUACAUCGCAGGACAUUCCACUGGGCCCGGUCCCGUCCCCUCGGUGGUGAGGACCGAGAUCUUCCUGCAGUCCUCCUGGCCGGAUGCGUUCAUGGUGGACGGGGCAGUGCCCUGGCUCUCCAACUUCAUUGUGGGCUUCGUGUUCCUGUCCAUCCAGGAGGGCAUUGGGGCCUGCAGUUUCCUCAUCUUUGCUGCAAUCUGCCUCCGCACGGCUGUCUACCUCUACACAGUGAUUCCUCAGACCAAGGGCAGAACAUCUGUGGAGAUAAAACACAUUUUUGCAAAGAGAAACAAGGUGGAGAUUCCAGAGAAGACAGAAGAAAACACCGAGGCUGGGCCUCAGGUACCCUCUAUGCCUGCCGAGGAAACUUCCUUUUAA